UUGAAAGGAUACUUAAAGAAAUGAUUGGAUAAACUGUUGGUGAGUAAUGAAUUGUUUUUUCUCAAGUUUUCAUUAUUGUGAGUGAUUGAUAUUUCAGAUUUACAAAAAUUACUUUAAAUAGGAAAAGAUGUAUGCUUUGCUGUAUUUGUAAAGCUGUGAUCUCUUUAAGAAUCAGAACUGUGUAAUUAACUGUGUAUUUAAAUAUCUUACUUCACAUUCAUAACUUUUCAUUGGCCACUCUUUUCAUCACAUAUGGACCUACCUUUAUUACUUGAUAGUCUUAUAGUUUUUAUAAGUUAAGUACAUUACUGAUACUUGUUUUAGUAACCAUGCAGUGCAAGUGGUAUGGUGAUGUGGUGGCCAGUGAUUAACGUUUAAUGACUGGCCGUUCUCCCCUCUCUGCUGAGAUACUUUACUCCUUGAGUCCAUCCCAUCGCUGGAAAUGAAAAAAACAGCAUCCGUUUAAACACAAGGUGUUGUAAAAUCAUCAUGAAAAACAGCCUGAAGAGAAUGAUGUGACACCACUGUAUCACUGUGCAUGCUGGCAUGAGAUGAAGAUGGCAGAGAAAGAGCCAGGGAUGGUCACUCUUAGAUUCACAAGCAUCAUAGUUUGUGCUGUUUUACUGGGACAAGGAUCCCCUGAGAAGACAGGAGGUGGUAAAGAGGACCAGAGAGAUGCCCUUCUUAAGGAGAUAAUUUCAAAAUGGAGUACAGGAAGUGGUUGGAAUCCUCAGAGAGAUCCUCCAGAAACAAACAAGGACCAGUCUGUGCACCCUUGGGUGAAGAAUAUCAUGGGGAGCCUAAAAACCCUCAGCCUACUUCCCAGCAAGAACCUGCCUUCAUUAAAUAAGCCAAUUGACAGGCACCGUCUCUCUGGCUUCCUCUACAACAUCUCUCUGUACCUCCAAGAGAUGGGUGCUGAGCUGGAGGAGGCACCGGCCGAGCCAGAUGAGGAGCAGCUGUGGGAGAAGGUGCUGCAUUACUUUCUCCAGUCUGAAGGGAGUGCUGCACUGAACCAGUGGAACGGCCGGGUGCCACCCCGGCCUAGCGUCAGACUGCAGGACUGGUUUUUGUCCCUGAGGGGCAGCCCGCACUGGGACUGGCUGCUGGGGCUGCUACAGAGUCUGAUCACUCUAUCAGAGCGUCAGACUCAAAGGCCCCUCUUGACUUACUUAUCUCAGAACUGGAGGACAGUGAGCGCUGUGCUGGAAGCUGCGCUUCAGGCUCUGGUCAGUGGGACCUAUGGCCAGGCCAGCGCAGGCCUGCAGGGCUUCAUCUGCGCUCUAAAGGGUCGUAGUGACUGUGCCUUCAGUGUAAGCUGGCUUCAGCAGCUACUGCGUUUCCUAGAAACACGCAACUGGAAGCCUGUGGUCAGUUUACACCCAGCAGGGGAAGGUGCUAAACACAGUAGAGGCUCAAGUGCGUUUGGACAUUUAAAGCCCUUUAGCUUGCCUCCUGAGGCCAUGAGGCAGGAUGGGCUGUCUGGAAAUGCAUCUCUGGAAGACAUGAUGGCCACAGAGGGUGAUGCAGACUCCAUGCAAAGUUUACUGCUGCAUGCAUUAUCACGUUCGGGUGGAGGAGAGCGAGGUGGCCACUUGGCACAGAAAAAUCUAGCUCUGGUGCAGAGUUUGGAUGGGCUGAGGAGGGGUCUCCUGCACAGGGUGGGUAGUUCUGUCUAUGGUAACCUGAGGAAAAAGGUGUCACGAGUUACCAUGGCGCUGCUUGAUGAUGUUAGCAGCCUGGUGGACGUGCCGCAGCCCAACGCUCAGGGCCAGUGCUCAGUUGGUGACCUGAGACAACUGAUCUUAUGGGGGAUAAGACAUAAUGUGACGUGGAACACACACGCUUUGGGCAUUAGGUCCCAGGGUCUCCCUAGCUCACUCCCAUUCCUGUCCUGCCCCUCCACUGAAGGAGAUGAACUAAGAUCACAACUAACACCAGCCCACUCAUCUCCAAAAACAGCCCCCUCUUCACGAACAAUCUCCAAACGAAAACGCCUUCAUGAACUUUCUACCGCACCUCAACGCUCCCAGCUCAACCUGCCACCAACAGGGAGAACGAGAGAGAGCAACAGCCAGCAGAAAGAGAUGGAGUACUCCACCUCUAUAGAAAUCCUGGAGGCAGCGUGUAAUGAAUCCAUCCCAGGCUUGACAGGCGUCUCCAACUUCACCGUGUUCCUCUACUGUAAACUGUUUGAAGGGGAGAACGAUUCAGUUGAUCCUGCAGUGGCCCAGAUGGGGCUCGACCUGCAUGCCACAUGCUCUGAUGCAGCUUGGUACCUGUCGGCUGCUGAGGAGGACUUCCUUUGGGUUCAUGUCUGCAGCGAGUUCUUUGCCCAUGAAUUCAACAACACAGUGUGUGCCAACUCGUCUUUCUGGCUGCAGAGAGCACAUCAGACUGCACUGACAAAGGAAUACCAAUUUUUUAACCAGACAAGUAUAGACGACCUGUGUGUGCAGCUGUCAGGUGAGGUGAUCGGAAGUCCAGGACUCGACGAGAACUGUCUGGCCCAGUUGGGCAGCAGGUUGCUCAAUGCCCAGGUUUUCAGACACUGCUUCCUACCCAACAACUCCAUCCUGAUCUCAUCUUUGUGCGGGAGAGAGUCCCCUGACUCGCACCAAUCCUUGCCAGAGGGCAGCUGGGCUGCGGCGUACUGCUCCAAAAUACACAACUUCUCCAAUGUUGACACCAUUGAGGAGACUUGUCAGUACAGGGAGUGGGCUGUGCAUCAUUUUACCAACUCCACCCUCCUGGAACUCUGUGGGCAGACGCAUGGAUUGAGAGAGUACAUUUGUCUAAAUGCCACAUUCUACAAUCAGCUGUUAAGAUCGAUGCCUCAGUUUGCUGAUUUCUGUGCUGAUCUGCAGGCAGAACUGGAGGGCAGGAAGUGCUUCCUUCAGAGGUUUUUUGACAUGCUCCCAGCGCCGUAUGAGUUUGACACAUCACAGCUGUGUGUGGACCCGGCUCCACUGCUGGUGGACGUUCUACACAAGCUGAGUGUGUGUGAGGUCGAGGGAGGGGAGCGUGAAGGGUUUUUAGUGGUGCUGGGAUAUGUGCUGCGAGUCCUGGACUUUGUGGUGGGCCUCUCUUCGGGUCUGGACGAGGGGGAAAGAGAGGCGAGACAAGGAUUGGGUCAGGCCAUCCUCCUCUCCAGUCUCCUUGACAACACCUCCUGGGCCACACUGCAGCCAGAAGCCUCCAUGAGCGUCCUUCACACUGUGGGAGUCUUCCUCCGCAGAGAGCGGAAUGCCACUCUCAAAGAGGACCUGCUGAGCUGCUUUAGUCCCGUCUUGUGGGACCUCAUCCAGCUGGAUGACAACUCAUCUGCUCUCAGGGUUCUGCUGCAGGAGUACCUCCAGAUGCCAAGAGACAGCAUUCGCACUCUAGUGAUGUCUGCUGAAAAAGAUGCUGUCAAGAGAUUUCUCUCCCAUAUGCAUCAAAGUUGGGACCAGCUACAAGUUGAAACCGGACAGGCGUCUCAAAAAGAGUUGCAGGCCAUGGAAACAAUGACCGCUGCUUUUAUCCAUAAGUUCCCCCGAGUGACCCCAGAAUUGUUUGUGGACCUGUCUCAGUUCAUUCCCUUCAUGUCUGUCUCUGACAUCAUGAGCUUCCCAGCCUCCCUGAUAGUCAACGACAGCGUGUUGACAGCCAUUCGUGACCACAGUUCAGGGAUGAAGUCACUGCAGAAAAAGGCCUUUGUUAAAAGACUCCUACAGUCGAGUGUGGUGGGUGAUGUCCCUACGUGGCCACCGUACUUUCUCAGUUCCAUCCUCCCGCUUCUGCCUUACCUCCCAGUCAGUCAUUUUCAGCAACUAACAUCACAACAGCUUACUCCUCUGGUAGAGUUGCUAGGCAAAAGCAGUCUGGAUGGUGUAAGGGGGCGCCAUGUGCUCCGGACCCUCUUCAGCAAGAAGAAGAAUCUGACGAGUGAUAACCUACUGAGGUUAGGAGUCCUUGCAUGUUACCUGGAUCCAGUGGACCUGGCUUCAUUUCUUCAGGACUCAGCUGUGUCCUCGGCUCUCUGGCAGCAGCUGGCUCAGUGCACGUCCAAGGGGUUCAUCAGUGCCAGCGGCAGGCUGUCCUCUUGGUUGCUACCAGCCGUUCAGAACCUGAACUUCAGCAGCAUGGCUCCCCCAGAGCUGUCUGCCCUCAGUGGUCUGUUACCUCAGUUAGGAGCUCCCUUCCUGCUUUCACUCUCCUCGCAACAACUCCUGGAAAUCCUGUCACAACCAGGAUUACAUAGAUAUUCCCCAGCACAGGCUUUUCAAAUGUUAUCCAAAAUUUCCAAGGACACCACUCUCACCAUGGACAAACUGUGCAGACUGAAGCCGUUACACUCUGGUCUCUCCCCUGCUGUGCUCAGAGACCUCCAGUGGCCUGAGAUCAGUGAAGCUGCCCACUGCCAGUGCUGGAGAACAUUGCUAAUUGAUCUUAAGCCUGGCCAUAGAGCCAUGCUAUACAAUGCAAUGCAGGAGGCUCUACACAGAGACUUGCAGAGCAUCACUCAGCAGGUAAACUGUCUAUUACCAUUUGUCCCUCUGAGGAAGAUGAUGGAAACCUUCAAUGGAGAAACUAUCCUGAGAGAUAUCAACCUGUAUAGAGACAUACGCUGGUCACCACAGCAGGCUCAGCUUUUGUUCAAAAAGAUCCACAAAUUUAAAAACAUUACCAGCAAGAUGGUGAGGGAUCUGGGUCAUAUUGCCAGUGGAAUGAGUUGUGACUGUUUGAGGCUUUGGAGCAACGAUACAGAUUUUGCAGAGCUGCUUCAGUUUGUUAGUGAGCUGCCUGGAGGCAUGAGACCUGCUCUGCGAAAAUGUGUUGUAGACGAACUGAGGAAACAACCCAAACUCGACCUCGGUGCUUUAGGCUUUGGGUUUGCUACAACAUUACCUGUGACGAUGAUAGAGAACCUCUCUAAUGCAUCAUUCAUAGCCAUACUGGACCACAUUCAGGCACACUUUGCUGAUUUCCUCAGGCUGCCACAUUACAAGCAGAUGAAUUUAGCCGAGAAAGCCGUCUCUGAACUGGGCUCUUCUCAGGCCGAGGGGGAGAUUGAUGGCACCACUCUGGACAUCCUGGGGCCUUUACUGCCUUUCUUGGACCGGGACAGUUUGGCUCUGGUGGACAGAGGAGCUCUGACUAUGCGGCUGGAGGAGAUGAAAAGUUUCUGCCUUCCCAAAGAGGCUCUGAGAGAUUUUAGUGCCCUGCUCACUCAGAAAGACCUGCUCGGGGAGCCAUCACAAUGGCAAGUUGGGGAUGUCGAACAUUUGGGCAGACUGGUGUUUUCUCUCUCAACAAAGCAGAUUAACUCCAUCCCACUGACAGCCUUGAAUAAAGACACAGUGGAGCAGGUCCUGGUGGGUCAAAGUCGCUGGGAGGACAGUGUGGUGGGUGGAGUCUGUUUUACUCGGUGUAUGGACCAGCGUCAUCUGAGGCAGCAGACUCAGAGUCUUAUUCGAGGGAUUGUCAAAGCACGGAGCAGGAGGGCAAAAGUGCCAGUUCCAAGCUGUGCAGACAUUAGAGGGACGUUUCCCUCAGCUUGGACAUCCACUCAGCUCAGCCGUAUGUCACAGGAUGAUCUGAAACAGUGUGUAGAAGAUUUCGCUCAGGACGCUUCAAUGAGCUCUGAGCAGCGCCGAGCACUGUGGGUGAAACUCAGGCAGUCCUUCAGUCCGGUGAGAGAGCUGAGAGCAGAUCAGGUGCUGGCUCUGGGCUCACUGGUGACUGAGAUGGGAGAAAGAGAGCUGCAGGACACCAGUCUCACUGAUCUGGGUGUGUUGGCACAUCUGGGGACGCUGACGGACUGGAGCCCUAAAAAGAUGAGAGCAGUGAUUUUAGGUGUGAUGCGGAAACGCAAACUGAAAGUGGAGCAGUUAACAGCCGUUGAUCUGGCAACAUGUGGCCAUCUGAUCUGUGGUCUGUAUCCCUCAGAGAUCAAAAGAAUGAGCCCCUACAACCUCAGUAUGGCUGUCCUGUUCCUGCGGGAGACGUCCCUGCCAUGCACAGAACAGCAGAUGGAGGCGUUGACAAGCCGUUUGUCCAGACCUGAGGCCUUUGGUCCAGUCAGCGCUUGGGGACCAGAAGUUUUCACUGAAAUUGGGUUAUUGGCAGUGGGCCUGGAGGACAUGGUGCUGUCAGCUCUGGUACAAGAACAAGUGGAGGGAAUCACCCCUGAAGCCAUCGCCCUGAUGUCACCAAAAAAGAUGGCAGUGGUGUUCAGUGCUGUUCAGUUGUCAUGGCUGAGCGCGGAGCAGGCGUGGGCUGUCUCCGAGGAGCAGUGGGCAGAGCUGGACACCGAGCAGAGACACGCUGUCGGACUGGCUCGAUAUGAAGGAGACGUCCUGCUGGAGCUGAGAGGGAGAAACUUGGCUCCAGCAGCCCUGAACGCAGGAAGCUUCACUGUACACUCACUGGCUCUGUGCCUCUUGUUAUGGCAACUAAUUUAAAAUGCUGGAACAAAUUUAAUUGACCCUUGACCUCCCUUGAUAUCAUCAUAUUUGUACUUCGAAUAAAUAUUUUGAACUGU